AUGUCCUCUAUGCGAAAUGCCGUCCAUCGACGGAACCACAAAGAGCGAGGCCAGCUCGAGGGCCGGGAGAAAUGGGGUAUUCUCGAGAAGCACAAGGAUUACUCCCUCCGCGCAAAAGACUACAACGUCAAGAAAGCCAAGCUGAAGCGCCUUAACGAGAAAGCACGCGACCGGAACCCUGAUGAGUUCGCCUUUGGGAUGAUGUCGGAGCGGUCGCGCGUACAGGGACGGCACGGGGCACGAGAUUCCGCGGAGGCACGCGGGCUGAGCCACGAGGCAUUGAAGUUGCUCAAGACGCAGGAUGCAGGAUACCUGCGUGUCGUGGGGGAGCGGGUGCGGCGCGAGAUGGAGCGGGUGGGCAAUGAGAUUAGAUUGCAGGAUGGGAUGAAUCUAGCCAAGGAAAAGAAGGGGAGUGAAGGCGACGAAGACGACGAAGACGACGACGAGGAGGAAGAAGAAGAAGAAGAGGAAGGGUUUGAUUUCGAUUUCGGCACGGACAAGAAACCUCGCAAGAUGGUCUUUGCUGAGAGCCGUGAGGAACAACAAAGUCUGAAACGGGGGAAAGGAACCGAUGCCGAUGAUGAUGAUGACGAUGAUGACGACGAAUCAAACAAUGAGGUGGACGACUCAUUACCAAAAUCCAAGAAGCAACUGAUGGCCGAGCGACAGAAACUGGUGGCCGCCCGCCGAGCGCGCAAGAUGAAGAAACGUGCGUCCGAGGCGCGCGAGCACAAGCUGACUGCCUUGAAGAAACAGCACACUCAGAUCGUUGCGGCGCAGCGCGAACUGGACUGGCAGCGAGCGAAGAUGGAGAAUUCGGUUGGGGGGACGAACAAGAAUGGAAUCAAGUGGAAGAUCAGGGAGAGGAAGAGGUAA